AUGGCAACAAAGCCAACCCAAACAGACCCAUCAGCCAUCUCUAUCACAGUCAAUAACAAAAGGGUCAAAACUAGGCUUAAACCUCUGAUCACUGAGGAUAACGGGUCAUUUCACAAUUAUUCAAGGAAUGUAACCACUACAGCCAAUACAUGGACUCUGAACAAAACAGUUUAUGCUAACAGGGUCAAUAAGAUCGAAACAUCUGUCUUAAGAGACAACCGAAGGAAUCUAGACUAUUUGAAGAAAUAUUGACCGAAGAAUCGAUCGUUCUCACUCAGCAAAGGAAGACAAGAACUUAAAGAGAGGAAACAGUCUGUUGAGUUGAGGAAAAAUUUUAACAGCACUGCUUAUGCAAAUGUUUUAAGAAGUACCAAGAAAUGGACUGGUUGUAAGGAUGGUGAUUAUACUAAAAAGAAAAUUACUCUUGACCAAUGUCAAAUUCUUGUUCCCAGUUAUGAUAAGAAUAAUGCAGGGAAAUAUUCUGAGAGAUUAUCCUCUCCGAAUUCGAGCCAGGGUCCUAAAGAAGGAUUUCUGAAAUCUCCAGGGACUCUCACCAAACAUAAAUAGCGCAAAGAAAAAUUUAACAAACGAAAACUCUAAAAUCUGGCUUAACCUCGUCUCUGACGAUACAGUAAUGAUCAAGAAUCAAAUGCAAGAGAACCCAUCUAAUCCAGAAUCCCUUCCAAUCCAAGACAAGGUUGUGCAUGACAUUGGAGAUAUUCACGAAUUCUACCAGACCAGAGUAGUAAAAGACUACAAAAAGGAGAGCAAGUUUCUUCGCUCCAAGCUCAACAUUGCUCACAACACUAUAACUACUCUCACCCAAAAAUAACAAGUCGUUGUCUAAUUCACUGAUGUUCUACAGGAAGCAUUGCCGGUCAAAUUUUGGAUUCUUAAAUUCAGAAAGAGUUCUGUGUGAAAACUGACAGGAAGAGAUUAUCCCUCCUGAAGAAAAAGGCAAGGAAGGGAAGGAUGACCAGAAAUUUAGGUAUACGGAGAUUUAAUGAUUGGCUAAUAUCUAUUUCGUAAUAGAAUGAGUGGGUGUUUAUUGGUUGCGAUGAGCGGCUUACUAGCAGUUUUAGUCAUGCAUGGUUAGCAAGGUAGUUGGAAAUGGAAGAUCGUGGUAUAGAAGAGGGAAAGAGAGAAGAAAUUUGAUAAGGUGUGGAUAAAAUUAGUUGAAGUUUAGCAUCUUAGGUGCUUUAUUGCGGACAGUCAGAAUUUUUCACUUAAUUUAGGAUAUUUUGAUUUAAAUUAAAAUAGUUUAAAGUAACUUUGAGAUGUUAAAAUUUGAACCCAUACCCUCACUUCCAAAAUUACAGCUACACAUUCUAAAUAUUAAUGAGAUACAAAGAGCUAGGAAUUCCAAAUAAGCUUCAGUCCACAUCUGAGCAGACUUCUCUCUCAUCAUCUCGUCUAUACCAUCCACUUCAAUUACCCGAUACCUUGCUAGUAACUUCAUACCACAAACUGUUGUUAAGCCAUUCAGCAUAAUCACUAAUCAACCACGCAUUUUUACUUCUAAAGAAGCAUGCAUCAAAAAUUGGUUCCUGUAUAUGAGCGAAAGUUUAGCUUAAAAGGAAAUUUUAGGAGUUUUAGUCGAAGAUUGUUGGUAUAGGAACCUUAGCCACAAAGAAAAAGAUAGGAUAUAUUAUAGAGGGUCAAAAGUGUCAUUUAAAUUCCCUGAAAUUGAAAUUAAACAAUCUGCUCUAAAAUAUCGCAAAUAGAUCUAGAAGCAAAAUGAGCAAAGCAAAUUUAGAGGAUUUAGAAAAACUAAGAAAGCUGAAUAAAACGAUGCGAACAAAAUUUCUAGACUCUACAAAAUGUAUGGUCCAAUUCCAGUUCUUAAGCAGUGCUCUGAAACAUCUCCGGAGCCAGACUACCAUCAGAGGUGUUGCUCAGUGAGUAAAAGACGUAAGGAACUUCCUUAUGUGUAAAGAUACAUCUCUUUGGCUCUUUGAUCCCUUCAUUCAAAAAGUUUUUGCCAAAGAAGGUGGCAAAGGAGAGGUUUCCGUUGUCGAUGGAACACAUAUCGAGAGAGCAGUUAUUGAAACAACUACUGGAAAGUCGUCUUAAGAGUCAUUCCAGGGUUUAAAAGCCUUGCUAUGGCUAGGAAGGGAUUCAAGAAGAACAAGAUCAUGUUCAUGCCAAUUUUAGCUCAACAAGCAUAUAUUGAUAAAUAAGAAUAUCAUGACUAAUCUAUCUCUUGAGAGAUCAGCUGAAGACAAAGUUGAUCAUGCUUAUUGCUCAGAGAUGGAUAGCAUUAAUCUAUUGAUUCAGUGAGAAAAUAAGGAGCUGAAUCAACACAAUAAAAAUAAUCGGCUCUUCGAUGUCCUUGAUGAGAUGUUUCUUCGAACAUAUUGUGAAUCAACCUCUAAUGUAAUUGAGAAAAUUUUAUUGGCUAAGCUACUCAAGGAGAAAGUUGAAUCUGAUCAAUAAUGCAAAGUCAAGAAACAACAUUUUCAGAAGAUAAUGCAAAUAUUGUAAAUAAAUUAUCUGUAGAAUUCAUGUUUAAAAUAAAUUAAAUUUCAUGCAUAAGAUAUUUUGAAAA